UUACAUUAUACAUAAUAUUGAACCCGCAGAAUAUAGAGACAAACGUGCUGAACAUCUGACACAGCUUAUGUUUUAUAGUGAACAAUUUAUAUGGUCUGAUGUGCUUGCAUUUCACAAAGAUGUACUACGAGAAAUAGAAACUGGUCGUGCUUCAUGGAAUGACAAUUUUGAAUUUUGCAAAGCACGUCGCUUGCAUCAGUCUCACCCUAGGUUUUAUUGUUCAGCUUACAACAAAGGUUCAUGCAACAAAAAAGAAUUACACAAAAAUACUCUGGGUUUAUUGGAGGAACAUUUCUGUAGUUCAUGCUGGAUUAAACGAAAAACUAUAAUGAAUCAUGCUGCUAAAGACUGUCAAAGUCAAAAACAGUUCCAGGGUAAUGCAGGUCGAGGUCGAGGUUCAGACUAUGUCCAAAAUUGGCAACAUGACUUUCCUGCACACAGAUGACUAGGAAAAAAACCAGAUCAGACGAAUGGCUAUCACUUCGUCGGAAAGCAAGAACAGUUUUAAAAGCAGCCUUCAGACCGGGAACUUUUAAAAAUUUGAGGACUCAGCUAAAUACAUACCUUUUGUUUUGUGAAAAUUUUUGUAGAUCAGCAUUUCCUGUUGAUCAAGAGACACUCUGCGGAUAUGUGUGUUUUUUGUCAGAUAACUUUAAGAAUAGUGGAUCCGUUAGAAAUUACUUUUCAGGUGUUAAAACGUGGGCCAUUCUGUUAAAUUUUGAUACUGAGGAGUUUAAUUCACCGUCGCUCAGGCUAACCUUGUCAGGUAUUGACAAGCUUAAUACUAAUAUUCCAAAUAUAAAAUUACCAUUUGAACCAUAUCAUUUGAACCGCAUGUUUGAAGUCCUAGAUAUGACAAGUGUACAGGAUGCUGUGAUGUGGGCUGUUAUUAUGAUAAGCUUUUAUGCUAUGCUUAGAAAAUCACAAUUCGCUAACAAUUCAAGGACAACGUUUAACCCUAAGGAGCAGUUAACCAGAGGUGAUAUUCAAAUUACUGAGGAAGGAUUAAUUAUCGAUAUACAGUGGUCAAAAACUAGUCAAAAACAUAAAAAUAUUCACCAGAUUCCUCUUAAAAGAGUCGAGGAUUGUACUCUAUGCCCGGUACUGGCUUAUUCUAGAAUGGUAACAAUGUUGCCUGCACUACCAGGAGAACCCGCUUUUGGUCUUAGUGAUAGUAAGGGAAAGAUUUGUGCCUUUUCAAAGUCAGACAUAGACAAAAUUCUUCACAAACUCUUAGUGCGUUGUGGAAUAGACACUUCACAAUACUCGUUUCACAGCUUGCGUAGAGGCGGUGCAACUUGUGCAUCAGCUGCUGGAUGCUCAGACUCGGAAAUUUGUACAAUAGGCAAUUGGACUUCCUCUUGCUACAAGGGCUACAUCAAACACUCUACUGACAAACUGUAUUACAUUUCAAGCAAGAUGGGACUUUUUUGCAAACUUUCCAACUGA